CAAUAAUAAAACAUUAACUCCGGUGGGAGUAGGAUAGCCUAGUCAACAUAUUAUCUUCUGAACGUUACAUGACUUUUAUGUUAAUGAGUCAUUGUCAUAGAACGAGAGAGAGCAAGCGAGCGAAAGAGAGAUUUAAUUAACGACAGGGGACAGAUGAAAGAAGAACAGCAGUUCGGUGAUAUUCGUUCACGUGACCCUUUGGAUUAUAGAAAAAGGAAAAUUGAGCGCGCUCUGGGAUUUGAUAACGCGCGCUCUUCGCGCUAUGAAGGAUGAUAACGUGGGAAAUUAAAGGGCGCGAGGACUAUAGAGGGGACACAACGCACUUCAGAUGUGCAGAAAGUAAUUCGGAGUGGUUUUAUUACCGACUGAAGACAGUAAACAUUCCGUUUUUUUAAUGGACCACAUUAAUGGACAUCAGACGCAGCCGAGAGGGGCAUGGCGUUAAGCAGACUUCUUCUGCUGUGCAUGGUAGCCUCUGAGGUGUGGAAUGCUGAAACCAGGCCCAUAGACUUUGUGUGUGACAGAGAGUCCAGGAGGGACAUGAACACUGUGGCAGAGAUGGCGGCUGCUCUGGCCCAGGAGAAGAAGGGGGACAUAGCUGCAACUCUGAGGGCUUUGUCUAGGAGUGUGAGUGUGGUUAAGACUCUGAGCCAGCCUGGCUGUGCCGCAACUCUGCUGGAGAGACUGGAGCACACUGUCAACAACUACCUACACAUAAUCACACACCUGGACAUCAGGGGGUCUGUGGAGAGCCCGUUGUUUUCAAGUACCGCUGAGAGUACCCACAGCCUGAGCACGGUUCUGUGGACUUUCAGCAGACUGAUCACUGGAAAGAUGGAAUGGCUUAUGGCUGACCUGACCCAUGGGUGCCCCUGAAGAAGAAGGAGGGGAGGGAGCUACUUCAGAGUAUUGAGACGCACCCAGAUAAGUGAGGAGGCUAGGGGGCUGCUGUAGAGUAUUGUGAUGCACCCAGAGAGGAGAGGCGAUGUGGAGAAGGGAGGUGCUCAGAGAGGAGAAAUGACAUAACCGCCUGAAAGCUGUCACUCACCGAGCAGACCUUUCUCUGGUUGGUUACACAUUACAGACAGUAAAGACUUGUAAUGAAACAUGGAGAUACGUCACCUUCUGCUGGUCAUUAUUUGGAAUGACAGCUCACUGUUUCCGGCAUUCAGCUUAGACUGACUGCAUGCUGUUUCUGCAGUAAAACCAGGACAAAAGGAAUAAAAAUGUACAUGCUACAUAUGAGAGACAAUUGACCCAAUUGAUGGCUUGCAUUUCAUGGCACCUACCAACAGAGCACUAGGAACACAUGUCAAGCAUUUGGAUGCAAUCAGAUAAUGGUCCACUCUUAGUAUUUUUUAUUUAUUGUUCACUGUACAUUAGUUUUAUAACUGUGUUUUUUUAUUAAUUCAUUAAUCAGGCUAUAUAAAUAUUUGUUUAUAUUUGUAUGUCAUUAUUAAAAUUAAAUCCUCAAAGGAAAUUUUAACUACACAAAAAAACCUGUCCUCAUAAAAUGUCAAAUUAUACACCAUGUUUUAAUUAAACUUUUCUGAAAGUAAUACAAA